UGAAAGUUUUGGGCCCAGAGCCGAAAAAAAAUCUGUGUAUGCGCAUGAGGCUGUUGAUGUGCAAAUGUGAAUCAUAUUGAGAAGGUCUGAAUAGGGAGGUGUGACGUAAAGAGGGGACACAAACGGAGGUGCUUAUCUCUAAGCAGUCAAAGGCACUGGAUGUCAUAUCAUGGGAACUACCUUUCAAAGACACAGCUUUAGUGUUUCCGUUCAGCACACAAGGGAGGCGAGAAAUAUAAGUUUUGGAAACAAACAAAAAAUAGCAAUGGAAACUCUCCAGUUCAAAUCCAAUGAAUAUUAGGGAAGAUGGAUGCAGAGACUGAAGAUAAAACGCUGCGUACCCGCUCUAAAGGAACCAAGGUGCCAAUAGAUUCUCUAAUUCAGGAGCUUAGGGUAUCACCUCCAAAGGUAGCAUCUCAGCUGUGCCUUCAAGAAGCCAUUGUAUCACUCCAUCAGGCCAGCAAUUUCUGCGAUGUGUGUGCUGCGUACGAUUGUUCCAUGGCGAAGAAGAGGAGAGCUGCAGAGCAGGCUUUGGGCGUCCCAGUCAACAAGAGAAAAUCCCUGCUAAUGAAGCCCCGACACUACAGCCCAAACGUGGACUGCAGAGAAGAAUGUGACGACAGGACCGAGGCGGAGGAGGAAGAUGGCCUCCUGGAAGCCAGCGAUCACACCGCCUCAGAAGAAACCAUGAUAAAACCUAUGGAUGAGCACCUUCAUUCAACUGCCCAAGAAAACUCCAAUGGGAAGGAAGACAGAUAUGGCUGCUAUCGAGAGCUCGUGGUCAAAUCUUUAAUGCACUUGGGGAAAUUGGAAAACAAUGUGUCUGUUCAGACCGUGAGUGAGAAUUUAAAUGGCAGUGGCCUCCAGUGUGUCCAAGCAGAGAGUGAUGAAGCGGACGAGCACUUCGUGGUUCAUUCUGAUGACGGAAAAGAAAAACUCAAUGAUCCCCAGCUUCGGUUCUGCUCUUCAGAUGACAGUGAGAGUAACUCUGAAAGUGCAGACAACGGUUGGGACAGUGGCUCCAACCUCUCAGAAGAAACCAAACCGCACAGGGUCCCAAAGUAUAUCUUAGUGGAUGAUAGAAAAGACCUACUGGGAGCUCCUGAAAUCAAAACCGAAGGUGACAAGUUUCUGUCUUGUGAAAACACGUGUGACCCCGAAACGGAAAGGAGAGACCCACAGAACCCUCUCUUGGAACCACUAGAUGGCACAGGCCAGCCCUCGUGCGCGGGGGUGGAGGAAGAUGGUAACGGGAGCCUGGCAGCCAUGAGAGGAGAGUCCCUUGACCUGGAGAAAGCGAAGGGGAGCUUGGGUGUGCUGGAGCAGGCAAUUGCUGUGCAGGCUGAGCGAGGUUGUGUUUUCCAUAACACCUACAAGGAGUUGGACAGGUUCCUCUUGGAGCACCUGGCUGGGGAAAGGAGGCAGACCAAAGUUAUUGACAUGGGUGGAAGACAAAUCUUGAACAGUAAACAUUCACCGAGGCCUGAAAAGAGGGAGACCAAGUGCCCCAUCCCGGGGUGCGACGGCACGGGACAUGUGACGGGACUCUACCCCCACCACCGCAGCCUUUCGGGGUGCCCCCACAAAGUGCGGGUUCCCCUGGAAAUCCUUGCCAUGCAUGAAAACGUGCUCAAAUGCCCCACCCCGGGAUGCACAGGAAGAGGGCAUGUGAACAGCAACCGCAACACCCACAGGAGUCUUUCUGGUUGUCCAAUUGCUGCAGCUGAAAAAUUGGCAAUGUCCCAAGACAAAAGUCAGCUUGAUUCGCCCAAAAGUGGCCAGUGUCCUGACCCGGUUCACAGGACGAGCUUGGUGAAACAAAUUGAAUUCAAUUUCCGAUCACAAGCCAUUGCCUCUCCCAGAGCCACGGUGUCAAAAGAACAAGAGAAGUUUGGGAAAGUACCAUUCGAUUAUGCCAGUUUCGAUGCCCAGGUUUUUGGCAAACGCCCUCUCGUACAAACAGGUCAAGGACGAAAAACGCCACCAUUUCCUGAAUCAAAGCAUUUUUCAAAUCCAGGGAAAUUUCCUAAUCGACUGCCUAGUGCGGGCGCCCACACACAGAGCCCUUGUCGUGCCAGCUCUUACAGCUACGGUCAAUGUAGUGAAGACACCCACAUAGCAGCAACUGCUGCCAUCCUGAACCUUUCCACCCGCUGCAGGGAAACUGCAGACAUCCUCUCCAACAAACCACAGAGUCUGCAUGCCAAGGGAGCCGAGAUAGAAGUGGAUGAAAAUGGCACAUUGGACUUAAGCCUGAAAAAAAAUCGAAUCCUGGACAAAGCUGCACCCCUAACUUCCUCUAACACUUCUAUUCCAACUCCUUCCUCUUCCCCAUUCAAAACAAGCAGCAUUUUGGUCAAUGCAGCCUUCUAUCAGGCUCUCUGUGAUCAAGAGGGCUGGGACACUCCUAUCAACUAUAGCAAAACUCACGGGAAGACAGAGGAGGAGAAAGAGAAAGACCCUGCGAGCUCUCUAGAAAAUUUAGAGGAAAAAAAGUUUCCUGGAGAGGCCUCCAUACCAAGUCCUAAACCCAAGCUCCACGCGAGAGACCUCAAAAAAGAGCUCAUUACCUGUCCAACGCCAGGAUGUGACGGAAGUGGCCAUGUCACAGGGAACUAUGCGUCCCAUCGCAGUGUUUCUGGAUGUCCUUUAGCAGAUAAGACUCUUAAAUCCCUCAUGGCUGCAAAUUCCCAGGAGCUUAAGUGUCCAACCCCGGGUUGCGAUGGUUCCGGGCACGUGACUGGAAACUACGCUUCCCACAGAAGUUUGUCCGGCUGCCCUCGUGCCAGGAAAGGCGGUGUCAAAAUGACUCCUACAAAGGAAGAAAAAGAAGAUCCUGAACUCAAAUGUCCUGUGAUAGGGUGUGACGGCCAAGGUCACAUAUCAGGUAAAUACACGUCCCACCGCACAGCUUCUGGCUGUCCCCUGGCCGCCAAGAGACAGAAGGAGAAUCCUGUCAAUGGGGCCCCCCUCUCCUGGAAACUGAACAAACAAGAACUGCCACACUGUCCCUUGCCAGGCUGCAACGGGCUGGGCCAUGUAAAUAAUGUUUUUGUCACCCACAGAAGCUUAUCUGGAUGUCCUCUAAAUGCACAAGCCAUCAAAAAGGGCAAGGUCUCAGAAGAACUGAUGACCAUCAAACUCAAAGCGACAGGCGGUAUAGAGAGUGAUGAAGAAAUUCGGCACCUGGAUGAAGAAAUAAAAGAACUGAAUGAAUCCAACCUUAAAAUUGAAGCAGAUAUGAUGAAACUCCAGACACAGAUCACCUCGAUGGAGAGCAACCUAAAGACCAUAGAGGAGGAGAACAAGCUCAUAGAGCAGAACAACGAAAGCCUGCUCAAGGAGCUGGCUGGCCUGAGCCAAGCUCUCAUCUCCAGCCUCGCGGACAUCCAGCUCCCGCAGAUGGGACCUAUCAGCGAGCAGAAUUUUGAAGCAUAUGUAAAUACACUGACAGACAUGUACAGCAAUCUGGAACGGGACUCUUCCCCAGAAUGCAAAGCUCUGCUGGAAAGUAUCAAACAGGCAGUGAAGGGCAUCCAUGUGUAGGACCACAGCGCUGCGGGGCAACAGAAAUUGCAAACAGCAGGAACACAGCCGGAUCUGGAAGGGGCCCCUGUGCUGCGAAGGCGCGCGGGUGGCCCUACUGCAUUUACGAUUGCAACAUUGCACUAAUCCCCACCCCCCCCCCCCAGCUGACAUAAAAAGGAGAGAAGAACUAUGAUAGACUCUGUGGAUUAAAAGCAAUGCAGUCAAAUAUUAGAUCUUAUUUAUUUUCAUAUGUUUUUAUUUUAUUUCUUCAUUGCACUCUUUUGGGUUAUUUUUGUUUUUGUAAAGUAUAUGUAAAAUAAAUGUGACAUUUUUAUAUUUUAUUUAUUUCUAAUCAAAGAGUUUUUUUAUCUUUUAACUGCAUUUUGAAGUCUGCCAUAUUUUUACAAGUGUGUUUAUUAAUUUAUUUUCCGAUAGAGUUUAAAGAGAAAGGCUACUCUCGCAUCACAUAUCUUGCUGGGUUUCAAUGAGAAAACAGAAAAGCAAGAAGGAAAUCCUUGGCGAAGGACUGCACUAUGGUCCGGUUUGAUUUUUAUUGCGCACUUCUUUUCCCCCCUUUCACUGGCUUUUGUAUUUGUAAACGGGCUUGCGGCGAGGAGCGGGGAAGAAAUAAGAUAAAUAGCGCCCACUAGUGGCAAAUGCGCACUCGCAGAAGCACAGCGUACUGAAAGACCGCCUGUUCAGAAUUUGUCAGCAAUAAUUAAACAGAGCAAUCAGCAAAGUAUUCGACUUGGCUGUACGGUCUUAGUUACUAUGGAUUAUUUAUUUGACAUGUUUUAAAGAAACAUAAGCUUUUUUAGUGAUGCAGAUUUGUCUGUCUGUUUUUCAAGUCGUAUCAGAUAGUUGGCAACUCUUAUCCCAAGAUGAGAAAUAAGGCUUGAUGUGACCAGCCAGGCUUCCCUGCCAUAUGUGGCUACGCUAUACAAGUGACAAUAUUGGUGUAGAUUUGUACUUAGCAAAUACAAACACGUCCAAAUGGGAAAAUUUGUAGGUACCAUAUCCCCUGAAAUAGCAUUUAUCUUACUGGGUGGACUGGAAAGGAAUGGAAAAUACACGAACACGCGAAAGAACGUUACUCCCAUCUGAGUAACUGCUUUGAACACUAGAGACGUUGUCUUACCCUCCUUAAGCAACAGGAAAACUUCCAAUCUGAUAAAAACCAAACAGGCGCUACAAAGUGUACACAACUCACACCCACACAACACCCACAGAUACACGCACUCACGCACACUCACACACACGGGAAAUUGAGCCCGCAAUCUUGAAUUUCCGGGUGGAUCAGAGUUUAGUAGUUGCUAUAGUAAAGGCAAUGUCUAUUUCAGGGAUUGUAAAGUAGUUAAGCAUUGUUUCAAAAGUUUUUUUAUAUUUAUUUUUUUUAAGAAAAAGGUAUAGACAACCAGCUAAACUGCCUUUUUGGUGUGCACACACACCUCGUGUGCAAUGUGCCUCCGUGUAAAUGGACACUUGAACUUAGUGUGGGCUUCAUUUUCUGUGCUAUAACAAAAGUGUUUAUUUUUUAUUAGCCUCAUGGAUAUGUAGAUUGAAAGUGAUGGCACUCACAGGCUUGAUAUAUUCCACUGUUAUUACUGUUACCUGCACAAAUGAAAAGUAAUAUCGACAGUAACUCCACUCCCAUGACACUGUGGUCGUUGUUAUGUACUAAGUGGGGCUUAUCUUCGGACUGGGGUUCAUGUGAACCCUCGAACCUUAGUUUAGUGAACAUGAGAUGUCUGUUCUUAGGUAGGAACGGUGUUUAUUUAAAAAUCAAUUUAAAAAAAAGAAGAGCUACCAUAUGUGCUGUCUAUUAUAAAUGGGACACCAAACAAAGUUUUCUAUUAAAAGUUACGUCCUUGCAAACAUUUUGCUAUACAGUCCUUGAUAGAUGCAUACAAAUAAGUUCACUUAUGACAAAGACGAAAGUUUAAUUUGCUAAAUAUUUUAACAAGUCUGUUAUAUAUUUUAUUUAAUUUAAAAGAAAUCUCUUACCGACCUACGUAUUUAUUACUAUAAUUUACUAUGACUCCGGGUUAAUUUAUUUGUGUUGGCAUAGUUUGAGCAGAAUGUUUGGUGAAAUAUGUUUGUAUUUAUUUGCCUCCUUGGUACUUGAUGUGUUUUGUCAUGUGCACUGAUUUUUUUUUUCCUUUCAACUCUGUUAAUGGUAGAUACUGUAAACUGGGUCUUUUGUAAACCACAAAAAGGCAAUGAUGUAUGCAUUUUUUUUUAUUUCAAGUAGCUUGUUUGUAUACUGUUUCUUCAAACGAUUAAUAUUUCUUACAUCAAAGCAACGAAAUUGUGCUCAGUGCUGUACGUUUGAUGUAUGGUAGGAAAUAAAAAUUGAUAAUGA